AUAAUAAGUAUCUUUUGGAAACAUUCUUAUGGUUUCUCUCUUCCACAUGCUCCAGCUUUUCUCUCCUCCUUCCUCCGCCUUGGUUCCUGGCCGGCCGCCGAUGUCACACUAGGCCGGAUGCUACCGGAUGUUCCUAUCUGCUCUCUUUACUUGUAUAGGAUCUGGUGGGAAACCAAAAUGAUCAACUGGUUCAUGCAAAGUAUUUUCGAUACAGUUAAAUCGAGCUUGAAGCUGUAAUAUAUUUGCAACCUAGCCUUAAAUAUGGUUUCAUCAAUUGCAUGAUUUAAAUGCUACCCAGGCCUAAUGCUACCAAGUGCAACUUUCAUAAACUACAAACUUAUAUCUCUUGGUAAAUCUUAAAACGCAACUUUGUAUUGUUGUUUAGUUCAACGCACAGUUUCACAGCUAUUGCAAGUAUCAUUAGACAUAAGAAUACGUAACGCAUUGUGUAUGUCCAUUAAUGAGUUGAUAGCAUAAGAGUGACCACUAUAUCAAAUGACACAAAAGAAUAGUCAAAUACAAUUAAUACACUUCUCUUUAUGUCCUUCACAUGCUCAUUUGACUACAUAUAUAGAGAAUCAUGUAUAUAUGUAAAACUAGCUUACUAUAACAAUCAAAUAACAAGAAACCAAUCAUCACUAUAGAAAUUUAUGACAGUGUAAUGCUAGGGAGAAAGAAUUACAAUAAAAUACAAAGGAAAUAGAAAGAAUGAAUUAAGUGGGAGGCUGAGAGUAGUGGAAGAGUGGAGCGAUUGAGAUAGAUGAGCUGUAGAAAGAGCAAAAGAAAGGGAGAAGUGAAGAAGGGAACCAUGUUCGUGUGUCAGAACAUGUGCUUUGUUUUUUAUUUAUUUAUUUUGCUAUUAUAUUUUGUUUUUAUUUAUUUUGCUAUUAUAUUUUGCGACUUGUGAGACCUCUCCUAUAAUGUUCUUUGUCCCCAAACCAAGGCCCCCUGUAGGCCAAUCCUUGUAUUCGUUGUUUCAAAAACAGACGAGAAUUUAAUUGAUUGAAUUCACUAUGUUGGUUAUAUUUUUAUUGAUAACAAAAUAUAGAAGUCUUAAGAAACCAUAUAUUUGGAUCAUCACAUAAACAAUGAUAAACAAAUUAUGUAUGAGAAAGCCAUGUUCAAAAAAUGAUUUUUAAGAAAUUGAGUUUUAUAUUAUGUAUGUGUAUAUCUUUAUUGCAAUUAUGUAUGUGGCAAAAUAUAUGUACUUAUUACAACUUUUGUUUAUAAUUUUAAACAUUUUUAGCAUUUUACGAUUAUUGUAUAUAUAUACAUAUUAUUUAGUUCUAAAAUUUCGUUGGAGCAACGAUCUAUUUUUAAAUGUUUCAGUAUAUACAUGCAUGUAUGUGUGUGUAUAUAUAAGUCACAUAAUUCAUUAUAUUUAUCUUACCCUCUUUACUCAAAACAUCCCAAACAUUAGUGGUUGUCUUCUAACAAAGUAUUCUAGGAAUAUCCUCUCUAAGUUUCUACAUAAGACCAGUCUUCAGAUUUCUACAACAAGCCCGGCAACAACAACAACAGCAUUGCGCGAGAAGUUGCAGAAAUUGUAAUAAUAGUUAAUCAAAUUAUUGGACGAAGGAUAACUUUAUAGGCAACUUUGACCACGAAGUUAACAACUUUUAAUUUUGUACAAAUAAAUAUUUCUAACCAAGCAGUGGAAAAGUUUAGUAUACACAUCAUUUUCUGAUCACAUGAUAUAACAAGUGAAGUUUAUGUAUAAAGGUGAUUACUAGACUAACUCUCAGUUAUUUAUUGGUUUUUAUCUGUUAUGGUUUAAAUUAAACUAAAUCAUCGGUUAAUAAAAUAAUUUUGGUCUAAAUACUGUUUUCAGUAUUCGGUUUAAUUAGUGACACUAAAUAAAUCUAUGGUCAAAGAAUAAACAAAUCUAUUAAACUAUAACUUAAUAUGUGGUAAAAAAGUAAAUAAACCUGUUAAAUCUAAUUAAAUCUGUGGUCAAGUUUUAAAAAAAAUCUAUCAAAUUUUAACUAAAUCUAUGGUAAAAAAAAUCUAUCAAAUUCUAGUUAAAUCUAUCAAAAUAAAAUAAAUAUGUGGUUAAUGAAUAAUAAACCAGUAGAAAUGUAAUUAAAUAUGUUUAAAAUAAAUAAAUAUGUGGCCAAUGGAAAAACAAAUAUAUCAAAUCGUACAUAUAUCUGUUCAAAUUAAGUAAACAUGUAGUUAAAAAUAUUAAACCUAACGGUUCCUUAUUAAAUCCAUGAAAUUAAUAAAUUUGUGGUCAAACGUGACAAAUUUGUUAUAACAAAUCUGUAGAAGUUUUAUUAAGUCUAUGAAUUUUAAAAUAAAACUAUGACUAAAGAAGCAUAAAAUUAAAUUUGUGGCUACAUAAGACGUGAACAAAAUAAGUUUGUUGAUGGCAAAAUCGUAAAUACUCUAAUAAUUUAGUAAUGAUAUUUUUUUUGUAAUUAUUGUUUUUGUUAACAAUUGAAAUAAGAGUAAAUUAGGCAUUAAAAUAAACUAGUAAUUAAAAUAAAUUAGAGUGAAACUAGUAAUUAAUUAAUAAAUAAGGGUUAAACUAAUUUUUCCCCUAUAUAUAAUUAAGUGUGUUGAUCAUAUUAAAUUCAAGUUAAAAGGCAAAAGUAACAAUACCAAGAAUAAAUCAAGAGUAAGUGUAAAAUUGUUUUUUUUUUUGAAGUGUAUACCCGAAUUCAAGUUCCACUUGAAGAGGCGAACCCUUAUAAAACCCCUCUUUUGGUUCGAAAAAGUUUUCAUAUAAAAAAGCAAAAGUGAAAAAUAUGCAGUGGAAGAAAUAAUGUAGUAGGAGUUGUGAUGUUUGCAACUUCUUCAUAUAUGUAUAAUAUUGAGAGUGGUUUGCCUGUGAAUGCAAACAUGUUCAUGCAAGUGUGCUUCCAUGUGCUUCUCCUCUCAUUCUCAAUCCACCCAAUUCUGCUUCACAUGUGCAUAAAUUUAUAUAAUAUGAUAGUGUGAUGGGGAAGGAAUAAUAUGUAUAUAACAUCUCUAUUUUCAUUCCAUGCAUAUAUAAAUGCAUAUUGUGAAUAAUAUAUAUAUAUAUAUAUAUAUAUGUACGUCUACCACCCAUAAAUAUUUCUUUAAAUAUUAGUAGUAGAAUUUGUGAUAUUUGAUAACACAAUUUGGUACUAAAAUUAUUAAUUACUCUUAAUGAAAAAUUAUACUCCCUCUGUUCUUAAAUGAUCCAUGUUUUAGAAAAAAUAUUUGUUUCAAAAAGAUGUAUAUUUUAUGUUUUCUAUGAAAAAAUUGCAAACUUUAAAAAAAUUAAUUGGUUUUAUUAGAUUACUAUUGGUUAAAAGUUGUUGAAAAUUGAAAAUUACAGAAAACGAUAAAUUUAUUAUAGCGAUUUAAUGCGUUUUCUUAAUAUGUGUGAAAACUCUAAAAAAUUUAUCUUUUAGAAACGGAGGGAGUAGUUGGUAUUUAAAACGCAGUAUUUACAUUCUCCGUAAAAUCAAUACUCAAUCAAGUGACUUACAUUCAUUUGGACGAAUAUAAGCUAAAAUAAAAUGGUUGGAUAUGAAAGCAUGAGAUUAUCUCCAAGAAUUAUGGAGAAAUGGUAGUAUAACUGCACAAUUUUCAAAAAUGCAUUCAGCUUAAUAAAGUUUGAGACCAGCAAAAUGAUUGACAUUGAGAAUCGGAAUAUCUGACACGACAAAUCAAAUGUGACAGAUUAUUAGAUUAGUACUACUAUAGGCUUAAGGCUUCAUGGUACCAAAUUGUUUUUUUUUAUAAAGAAGCUAACUUGGGUUUUACUUAGUAAAGGGUAACAAAGGUAUAUAUAGCUGGUCUUCCAUCUAAAAUGAUCAGAAUGAACCAAAUAUAAUUAAUAAAAAUAAAAUAGGUUUAUGUGAUAAACUUAUAAAUAGAAAAAUGUAGAAAUCAACUCCAGCCCAUAAUUAUAAGAAAAAAUAUAUAUAUACGGAAUCUUCCGUAAGGAUUCGUACAUGUUUUCACUGUCAUAUACGGUCAUGAAUCACAACACUGCAAGUCUUGCACAUUUUCCCGAUUCAAACUCUAUUUAAUAACUCUGAAAAUCGCAAAUUUUAUAAUAUAAUGAUUAUAUAUGUCCUCACUCGUUUCAUUUAAAAUAACUCUGUAUUAUCUCUGCGAUUUCUUUUGUUUGUUUUGUGGUGAUCUAAUACUAUAUCAAUCUGCGAUUCAUAAUAUCUGACAGCAACAAACAUACGUACAUGGUAAAAAGUUUUAAAUACUGUUUUGCCCUAGCUCGUACCGACUUAUCGUGGGAUAUAUACCAAAGUUAUUCACACAUCACACGGAAACUACGCGGUCAAGUAAAUGGAAUAUAAUAAAGAGAGAUGGAAAGCAUAUAGUUUUAAUAAUAGUUCAACUUGUGACUAAUGAUUAUGCAUGUUACCGUGUUUUGGUGCGAAUGAAAAAAGCUUGAUCUGAAUGCAGUUUGUAUAAAUAAAUAAAUAUAUAAUAAGGUGGGAGGGAGCAUAAGUAACGUGAAGGCAGUUUGAUCUGUCGGGAAAUUUUUCAUACUUUAUUGUCCUAAUGGAAAUUAUAUAAAGUAAAAGUAGUUUUAGCUUAAAGCUAAACUCGUGAACUCAUUAUCAUUUCUAACAAUAUUCCCUGUCUGAACUUAAAACGCAAUCGCAAACACAAUACUCCGACCAUCACAAGUGACUUGACCUGACCCAAUAAUAUGGGCCGUAAAUGGGCCUUUUAAAGCCAUUCCUAUAACUUUCUUCCUCCCCAUUCUAGAGUCGCCUAUUGCCGUGGCCCGUGGAACGCCUUCGUCUCAGUCGUAAUCUCUUGCACCAGGUUCGGUAGGUUUUAAAGUUGCAGUCUUUCUUAGAUGGGUCUGUUCUAAUACAUGAGAAAUGUUCAUGUUUGUAUUGAUUCAUGUUGUCAGAUGGCAUGGCUUGUGGCUGCUCUUUCUCUGAUUGUUAUCUUGGUUGCUUCUAUAUGCAAGAUUUUCUUUGGAGCAAAGUCUAUUUCACAAGCUACGUUUCUUGAUGAUGGUGAAACACAUAACAAGAAAAAUGUGUUGUUUGUCAUCUCACAUCCUGAUGAUGAGUCAAUGUUUUUUUCUCCAACGAUAAACUACGUAACUGCCAAUGCCUACAACAUUCACGUACUAUGCUUAUCCACAGGUAACGCAGAUGGUAUGGACCUGCGUCCGGCUUGUGCAGUGCUCAGGGUUCCUCUUCAACAGUUAACGAUUGUCGACCAUCCAAAUUUACAGGAUGGUUUUGGGCAAGUAUGGAGCCAUGAUUUGUUAGAGGAAAUCAUCAGUGAAGAAGUCACUAGUCACGAUAUUCACACGAUCAUAACAUUCGACAACUAUGGUGUUUCUGGUCAUUGCAAUCACCGUGAUGUGCACCGUGGAGUAGUAAAGUUCUUGCAGACUAAUUCAGAAAGAAAUAUCAAAGCUUGGCAACUUGUAAGCCUUAAUAUCAUCCGCAAAUACUGUGGACCUAUCGACAUUUGGCUGUCAAUUUUGUCAGCCAAAAGACAUGGGAGUAAGGUGAUCAUCAUAAACGAGCAGCCUUUGAAAAGCUAUGAAGCAAUGUCACAACAUUUAAGCCAAUGGGUGUGGUUUAGAAAGCUUUUCGUUUCGUUUUCAAGCUAUACAUACACGAAUACACUUCAAAGGAUCAGCCCUUGAGUCAGAUCUUGAAGAGGACACCGUGCUUGUGAAGUUGAUUGAAUGAUUACUUUCAUUUUUGAAAACAGAAGUUGUAUCUUUGUAAUGAAAUGAUACAAUUCAUCAACAAUGUACAUAUAUAUAUAUAUAUUUUAUUCAAUGUAAUGAAAUUCUUCCAAGGUAA